UUUCUUCUCUGCCUGGGAAGCUGGGAAGCAUGAGAGUGCAGCCCUGCCGCUGCGGCGGCCGCCCCGGCUCCUCGCCUCCCCGUCUUCUUGCCGCCCCUCGCCGGUGAGAGAAGAGAACGCGAGAAGGGAAGAUGGGGGCCGUCCUGAGGAGCCUCCUGGCCUGCAGCUUCUGUGUGCUCCUGAGAGCGGCCCCUUUGUUGCUUUAUGCAAACAGACGGGACUUGCGAUUGGUUGAUGCUACAAAUGGCAAAGAGAAUGCUACGAUUGUAGUUGGAGGCUUGGAGGAUGCAGCUGCGGUGGACUUUGUGUUUGGUCAUGGCUUGAUAUACUGGAGUGAUGUCAGCGAAGAAGCCAUUAAACAAACAGAAUUUAACAAAACUGAGAGUGUACAGCGUGUUGUUGUUUCUGGAAUAUUGUCCCCCGAUGGGCUGGCAUGUGAUUGGCUUGGAGAAAAAUUGUACUGGACAGAUUCCGAAACUAAUCGGAUUGAAGUUUCUAAUUUAGAUGGAUCUUUACGAAAAGUUUUAUUUUGGCAAGAGUUGGAUCAACCCAGAGCUAUUGCCUUAGAUCCUACAAGUGGGUUCAUGUACUGGACAGACUGGGGAGAGGUGCCAAAGAUAGAACGUGCUGGAAUGGAUGGUUCAAGUCGCUUCAUUAUAGUAAACAGUGAAAUUUACUGGCCAAAUGGACUGACUGUGGAUUAUGAAGAACGAAAGCUUUAUUGGGCAGAUGCAAAACUUAAUUUCAUCCACAAAUCAAAUCUGGAUGGAACAAAUCGGCAGGCAGUGGUUAAAGGUUCCCUUCCACAUCCUUUUGCCUUGACGUUAUUUGAGGACACAUUGUACUGGACUGACUGGAACACACACUCCAUUUUGGCUUGCAACAAGUAUACUGGUGAGGGUCUGCAUGAAAUCCAUUCUAACAUCUUCUCUCCCAUGGAUAUACAUGUCUUCAGCCAACAGAGGCAGCCAAAUGCUACAAAUCCAUGUGCAAUUGACAAUGGUGGUUGUUCCCAUUUGUGUUUGAUGUCACCAGUCAAGCCUUUUUAUCAGUGUGCCUGCCCCACUGGGGUCAAACUCCUGGAGAAUGGAAAAACUUGCAAAGAUGGUGCCACUGAAUUACUACUUUUAGCUCGAAGGACAGACUUGAGACGCAUUUCUUUGGAUACACCAGAUUUUACAGACAUUGUUCUGCAGUUAGAAGACAUCCGUCAUGCCAUUGCCAUAGAUUACGAUCCUGUGGAAGGCUACAUCUACUGGACUGAUGAUGAAGUGAGGGCCAUACGCCGUUCAUUCUUAGAUGGAUCUGGCAGUCAGUUUGUGGUCACUGCUCAAAUUGCCCAUCCUGAUGGUGUUGCUGUGGACUGGAUUGCACGAAAUCUUUAUUGGACAGACACUGGCACUGAUCGAAUAGAAGUGACAAGGCUCAAUGGGACCAUGAGGAAGAUAUUGAUUUCAGAGGACUUAGAAGAACCCCGGGCUAUUGUGUUAGAUCCCAUGGUUGGGUACAUGUAUUGGACUGACUGGGGAGAAAUUCCAAAAAUUGAACGAGCAGCUCUGGAUGGUUCUGACCGUGUAGUACUGGUUAACACAUCUCUUGGUUGGCCAAAUGGUUUAGCCUUGGAUUAUGAUGAAGGCAAAAUAUACUGGGGAGACGCCAAAACAGACAAAAUUGAGGUUAUAAAUACUGAUGGCACUGGGAGACGAGUAUUAGUGGAAGACAAAAUUCCUCACAUAUUUGGAUUUACUUUAUUGGGUGACUACGUUUACUGGACUGACUGGCAGAGGCGUAGCAUUGAAAGAGUACAUAAACGAAGUGCAGAGAGGGAAGUUAUCAUAGAUCAGCUGCCUGACCUCAUGGGCCUAAAGGCCACAAAUGUUCAUCGAGUGAUUGGUUCCAACCCCUGCGCGGAGGAAAACGGGGGAUGUAGUCAUCUCUGCCUCUAUAGACCUCAGGGCCUUCGCUGUGCUUGCCCUAUUGGCUUUGAACUCAUCAGUGACAUGAAGACCUGCAUUGUCCCAGAGGCUUUCCUUUUGUUUUCACGGAGAGCAGAUAUCAGACGAAUUUCUUUGGAAACAAACAAUAAUAAUGUGGCUAUUCCACUCACUGGUGUCAAGGAAGCUUCUGCUUUGGAUUUUGAUGUGACAGACAACCGAAUUUACUGGACUGAUAUAUCACUCAAGACCAUCAGCAGAGCCUUUAUGAAUGGCAGUGCUCUGGAACACGUGGUAGAAUUCGGCUUGGAUUAUCCAGAAGGCAUGGCAGUAGACUGGCUUGGGAAGAACUUGUACUGGGCAGACACAGGAACAAAUCGAAUUGAGGUGUCAAAGUUGGAUGGGCAGCACCGACAAGUUUUGGUGUGGAAAGACCUAGAUAGUCCCAGAGCUCUAGCAUUGGACCCUGCUGAAGGAUUUAUGUAUUGGACUGAAUGGGGUGGAAAACCUAAGAUAGACAGAGCUGCAAUGGAUGGAAGUGAACGUACUACCUUAGUUCCAAAUGUGGGGCGGGCAAAUGGCCUGACUAUUGAUUAUGCUAAAAGGAGGCUUUAUUGGACAGACCUGGACACCAACUUAAUAGAAUCUUCAAAUAUGCUUGGACUUAACCGUGAAGUUAUAGCAGAUGACUUGCCUCAUCCUUUUGGCUUAACUCAGUACCAAGAUUAUAUCUACUGGACAGACUGGAGCCGACGCAGCAUUGAGCGUGCCAACAAAACCAGUGGCCAAAACCGCACCAUCAUUCAGGGCCAUUUGGAUUAUGUGAUGGACAUCCUCGUCUUUCACUCCUCUCGGCAGUCAGGGUGGAAUGAAUGUGCUUCCAGCAAUGGGCACUGCUCCCACCUCUGCUUGGCUGUGCCAGUUGGGGGUUUUGUAUGUGGAUGCCCUGCCCACUACUCUCUUAAUGCUGACAACAAGACUUGUAGUGCUCCUACCACUUUCCUGCUCUUCAGUCAAAAGAGUGCCAUCAACCGCAUGGUGAUUGAUGAACAGCAGAGCCCUGACAUCAUCCUUCCCAUCCACAGCCUUCGGAAUGUCCGGGCCAUUGACUAUGACCCACUGGACAAGCAACUCUAUUGGAUUGACUCACGACAAAACAUGAUCCGAAAGGCACAAGAAGAUGGCAGCCAGGGCUUUACUGUGGUUGUGAGCUCUGUUCCGAGUCAGAACCUGGACAUACAACCUUAUGACCUCAGCAUUGAUAUUUACAGCCGCUAUAUCUACUGGACUUGUGAGGCUGCCAAUGUCAUUAAUGUGACAAGAUUAGAUGGGAGAUCAAUUGGAGUGGUGCUAAAAGGCGAGCAGGACAGACCUCGAGCCAUUGUGGUAAACCCAGAGAAAGGGUAUAUGUAUUUUACCAAUCUUCAGGAAAGGUCUCCUAAAAUUGAACGGGCUGCUUUGGAUGGGACAGAACGGGAGGUCCUCUUUUUCAGUGGCUUAAGUAAACCAAUUGCUUUAGCCCUUGAUAGCAGGCUGGGCAAGCUCUUUUGGGCCGAUUCAGAUCUCCGGCGAAUUGAAAGCAGUGACCUCUCAGGUACCCAAGAAAUAUGUUUUCUUAUUUUGAUUCGAGUUUUUAAGAUGAUUCAUCUAUUGUGUUUUUCUUGCAUCAUAUGUUUUUGGGCACAUUUCCUGGCAGUUUUAUUCAUUAUAUGUAGUCAUCAGGUUGUUUACACAUGGCUCCUAAAUUUUCUGAAACAUGGUUUUAAUGUCACUGCUUUCCUUAAAAAAAUCCUCACGGGAAACCUUCUAGUCUCCUGCAUGAGACUAAAAGGGCUACCUGAUGUUCUGGGUGUUGGGAAAGGUCUCCCCAAUUGGAAAUUUUUUAAAAAGUCCAAGCUGGUUAUACAUUUGAUUUUCAUAAAUAGUUUUGACAGGUUGUCCCUCUUUCUCUUCUCCCCUUCCCCCUUCUCUCCCCUCUUUUCCCUUCCUCUCCCCAUCCUCACCUCUUCUCUUCUCUUUGCAGGACAGCACCCUUGUGCUCAGGAUAAUGGUGGCUGUUCACAUAUCUGUCUUGUAAAGGGGGAUGGUACUACAAGGUGUUCUUGCCCCGUGCACCUGGUUCUGCUUCAAGAUGAGCUAUCAUGUGGAGAACCCCCAACAUGUUCUCCUCAGCAGUUUACUUGUUUCACGGGGGAAAUUGACUGUAUCCCUGUGGCUUGGCGAUGCGAUGGGUUUACUGAAUGUGAAGACCACAGUGACGAACUCAAUUGUCCCGUAUGCUCAGAGUCCCAGUUCCAGUGUGCCAGUGGGCAGUGUAUUGAUGGUGCCCUCCGGUGCAACGGAGAUGCAAACUGCCAGGACAAAUCAGAUGAGAAGAACUGUGAAGUGCUUUGUUUAAUUGAUCAGUUCCGCUGUGCCAAUGGUCAGUGCAUUGGAAAGCACAAGAAGUGUGAUCAUAAUGUGGAUUGUAGUGACAAAUCAGAUGAACUGGAUUGUUAUCCAACUGAAGAACCAGCACCACAGGCCACCAAUACAGUUGGUUCUGUUAUUGGAGUAAUUGUCACCAUUUUUGUGUCUGGAACCAUAUACUUUAUCUGCCAGAGGAUGUUGUGUCCACGUAUGAAAGGAGAUGGGGAAACCAUGACUAAUGACUAUGUAGUUCAUGGACCAGCUUCUGUGCCUCUUGGUUAUGUGCCACACCCAAGUUCUUUGUCAGGAUCUCUUCCAGGAAUGUCUCGAGGUAAAUCAAUGAUAAGCUCCCUCAGUAUCAUGGGGGGUAGCAGUGGACCCCCCUAUGAUCGAGCUCAUGUUACAGGAGCAUCAUCAAGCAGUUCUUCAAGCACCAAAGGCACUUACUUCCCUGCAAUUUUGAACCCUCCACCAUCCCCAGCCACAGAACGAUCACAUUACACUAUGGAAUUUGGAUAUUCUUCAAACAGUCCUUCUACUCAUAGGUCAUACAGCUACAGACCAUAUAGUUACCGGCACUUUGCACCCCCCACCACACCCUGCAGCACAGAUGUUUGUGACAGUGACUAUGCUCCUAGCCGGAGAAUGACCUCAGUGGCAACAGCCAAGGGCUAUACCAGUGACUUGAACUAUGAUUCAGAACCUGUGCCCCCACCUCCCACACCUCGAAGCCAAUACUUGUCGGCAGAGGAGAACUAUGAAAGCUGCCCGCCUUCUCCAUACACAGAGAGGAGCUAUUCUCAUCACCUCUACCCACCGCCACCCUCUCCCUGUACAGACUCCUCCUGAGGAGGGGCCCUCCUCCUCUGACUGCCUCCAACGUAAAAAUGUAAAUAUACAUUUGGUUGAGAUCUGGAGGGGGGGAGGGAGCUUUUAGAGAAGGAUGAGGCAGACCAUGUACAGUUAAAAUUAUAAAAUGGGGUAGGGAAUACUGGAGAUAUUUGUACAGAAGAAAAGAAUAUUUAUAUAUUUUCUUAAAACAGCAGAUUUGCUGCUUGUGCCAUAAAAGUUUGUAUAAAAAAAUAAAUUUGUACUAAAAGUUUUAUUUUUGCAAACUAAAUACACAAAGCAUGCCUUAAACCCAGUGAAGCAACUGAGUACAAAGGAAACAGGAAUAAUAAAGGCAUCACUGACCAGGAAUGUCUGGGCUUUGCUGAUACCAAAAAAAAAAAAAGAGAGAAAGAAAAACUAUUAAGUCCAUCUCAGAGCAGCAAACCAUAGAUACUUGGUAGUAGCCAAAUAGCCUUCAGUUAACUAACAUUUGAGGGCCAACAAGUAAGAAAUCAUGAAAGAAAAAAAAAAAGAAAUUAAUACUAACCUUGGAUAAGGUUAGUAUGUCUUGGAAUUUCUCUAGGAAUCCAACAAUAUUAGUGAGGAAAGUAGAUAUUUAUAAAAAUCCAUUCUGGGUGUUUCUGUUGUAGGAGGAUCAGCCCUCUGAUAAGAUGCUAUGAAGCUGUGUGUGUGCAAGUCUUCUGUCCCUACCUUUAGAAUUCAUACCUCUGUCAAAAAUGAAUUUUUUCUCUUGGUAUUUUUACCUUGCUGCCUCCCCCAGCAACUUGGUAGGUCAUUUUGCCAAGAUACCAUGAUUUAUUUAAGCUUUUAAGCUGAGGCAUUGACUAAAUGGAAUUUUCUAAAUUAAAGUUUGAUUUUAAUAUUUCUACUAGCUCCAUUCCCCAGUAAGCUUAGCUCUUCAAUUCGACUGCUGUUUUUUGCAUAAUGAUCAAGACAUAUUAUUGCUCUUCUUCCAAGAUUGUUUUAAUGCUCAUUAAAAUGUCUUUUUACAACACAUAUAGACAAUGUUUAAGAAUUAAAAAUUUAACCAUUAUGUUUUUGUUGUAAAGUAAUCAUAUAUCCUUGCACUACUUUCAGCAUAUAUCACAGUAUGAAAUCAUUUUUAUAUAUUUUUUUUGAGUAAAACAUUUAAUUAUGUUCUGGUUAGAGACAAUCUACUUAAAAAGAAUUUUUUUCUUAUUAGGAUUUUCCCUAUAUUAACAGUUUUUGACGUUUUCAUGUUCUUUAGGCUGGUUUUUCUCAGAGUGAUGUCUACAUACAUGCCUCUUCUAAUGUGUGACACGAGUUCAACAUCAUCCCGUUACCCACUGUGAAUGUUAGGCUGUUUUCAAAUUAUCCACAAGUUAUUCUUGUAAUCACCUCAUAUUUUUACGUGCAUUCUCUCUUACCCAUUAUGGAUUAAGGUAAUUUAACAAAUUUAACAAUGGGGAUUAAAUGAGAAGGCCAACUAUUAACUUCUCAGCUGUCAGAAUUUGGGUGGAAGGAAUAAUGGCAGCCUCUUUCAUGAUCUGCCUGACCUGCUGUCAUGUAUGGUACUGGGGCUGCUAAUUCUUCAGCUAUCAGGGCUGACCUGUGGAAUGAUUCAAGUGCUUGCUCUGCCAUCUUGCUAGAAGUUAGUGUCCUGCUUUUUACACAUGUCUAGCAUUUCUCUGCUAAAAUUGAAUGUUUUAAAGCUAAUGUAUUUUUACCUUAAGAGAUGUUGGUUAGUUAAUUAUUGAUUUUUUUUUUUUUUUUUUCUCUUUUAAUUCUGUUUUGCUAAGGCCUCUGGGUUUCAGGGCCCAAGAGAAAACAGUGGAAGAAAGGAUUCAGAAUUUUGGCAAGGGUGAAGUAACUUUUCAUGCAAUUAAAAAAUACCCAAGUAAAGUUUUUAAAGAGAAAAUUGUGGUUUUAGAAUAAUGCUAAUUGUUGGGUACUGUUUAUAAGAAUCAGGUGCACUUGAUUUUGCAUAUAAGCAAAUGGUAAAUUCAUCAGUGUCCUACUUUUCAGUCAGAUAAGCGUUAACGCUUCCUGUUGCUGGAACUAAGUGCCCACAGUCUCAGAUGAAAUGGACAUUGAACUUGCAUUCUGUGAUACACAGGGGCACUUGAUGCCUAAACGAAGAUGGAAAGGUUAGCAAUAACUGGGUGUCGAUUAGAAUCUGAGAAUUCUAUAUGUUUACAUUUUUAAAUGUGCAUCUUUAUCUGGUAGGCUUCCCAUGUGGGAACUUGCACUAUCAUAAACUAAGAAGAAUAUGCCUUGUUUAUCCCAGUCCAGGUGCUUGUACUGCGAUGGCAAUGGCCUCUUCUUGCAAAAUACUAAUUUGUGUGCCAAUUUGUUUAAAGUUAUUUGAAGGCAGUUCAGCUUAAACUCAGUAUUCUCUUUCUGGGGUAGAUGAGAUGGAUUCUUAAUAUUUCUGGGAGUACGUUUUAAUGAAAGAAUUGUCAAAUUUGGAAAGAUUUAUUGACUGUUAGGUUAAAUGGACAGUUAAGCUUAAGUAAACUGUAUAUUGAUUAUUAAACAAGAGCUGUAUUGGAAAAGCUGAGAGGAAAUACAUGAGACCACAAAUUAGGGGGAAAAAAGAAAAGGGAUUUUAAAAUUUGGCAUAUUAAAUUCAUUGUCCAAGGGGCAAAAUGAAUGCUUCAUUAGAUUCCUUAUAUGCAAAAGUAUUUAUUUUGAACAUGUGUCAUAAAAUAUUCGCACUAACUGAUGUGAUUAAAAUUAUC